AUGGCAGACACUCUGGGAUAUGUUUCGGCUCCAUCUUCACCACCUGGGGAUUUUCAACCCCAUCCACUCUGGGAAACCGUUCCCCAAACGUUAGAUGUUCUUUUUUUCGGAGAUGAUGUCCAACAACGCAGUGGAGCUUUUAUAGGUCUGCUCCAUCUUAAUGCAGACAUUUGUCGGUACAAUAAAAAGCAUGGGCAUGAGGAGAAUUUCGGAAUACUGGAUCUGGAUUUUUUUGAUGAUUGGAGUGAAAGAUUCGAAGCUAAUCCCUCUAGUUUUGAACUCAUUUCUCAAUAUACUCACCAGCUAUCAGAGCGUGGCUAUCCAGAAAGUUGGGCGCCACUAGUUGAGGGUGUUGAUGAUUACCAAUACCUCGAUCAGCAUAAUGAUGGCCAGAACUACAGUGGUGAGGACUUAGAUGAUUAUGGCCCGCGUUAUCGGAACAACAGCCAGGGCGGCGCAAUGUGCAAUCAGAAUCAGCUUGUCAAUAGCCGAGGCCAUAGCGAUGUGUCGGGACUGCCUAAUGACCUUGUUGGCCAGUUUCAGGGGGUUAAUAUUGUCGAUGACACUCUGGCAGAAUAUGGAAUUCCACCAAGGGGAACAGUCUUGGCUUGGAAUGAAUCGGGCUCUACUGGGUAUCAGGUGUUUGUUGCAUAUGAAGCUAAUGGAGUUUAUACAGCCCGGCUUGAGCCGGGGCGAUUUCAUUACUUUGAUAUAGACACAACUCCGUGUAUUGUGAAGACUCAACGAGGCAAAUUCCGAAGUCACCGGAGUGAGCCUUGGUACUUCAAUCGCAGUCAUAUUAAAGAUUUGGGCCUGUUAGCUGUAUAUGUCGAUGAGCACACAACGGAUCCGAUUGGCUCACUUUCACCAGCCGCCAAACCCCGUUAUUAUCCUCGAUGCUAUUUGCAAGUGCUUUAUACUGACAACCAUGUUGGAUAUGAGCCAAGAGAGAAACUGGGCCAGCUUCUUGGACUGAAUGAGAUGCAACUGGCAAUCUUCAUAUAUGAUCGUUUCAAAAAGCAGGAAGAGCGAUAUCAACAGGCCCUCGAUGAGGCACGCGAUGAGGAUCCGCCAUUACUAGGGGAUAAUACACAUUGGAGAAACAGAGAACGAAGAGGACAGGCAAGAUUGCAAAUGGAUCCAUUUGCAGCUCCAAGUCCGCUGGAAUACCCGCGACGCCGACCGCCGGCUUAUCAAAACCAGGAUGACGAUGAUUAUCACCUUCCUCCCCUUCGCGAUAGAAUCACAACGUUAUCUCCUGAGCCAGAUGCAAGUUAUCAAUUUCAACAUGGUCGGAUGACAAGAAAUCGUCGUUUACCAGCUCAACAGCAUCAGGAAUUUUCCCCACUAGUCCAGCAGCACCAGAGAUCAGAUCAGAUGAGAAGUACAAGUCUGCCAUUGCCAUUCCAACAGCAAACACCAGGCCAGACAAGAAAUAGAACUCUGCCCCAGCCAGUGCAGCACCAGAGACAGAGACAGAGACGCAGCUGCAUGACAAGAGAUAUCUCUCUCCCAACUUACCAGGAUGAGGAAGUACCUCUAUCAGACAAGAAGCACAAGUCUGCCAAGGCCAUUCCAACAGCAAAGACAGAAUCAGACAAGAAAUGGAACUCUGCCCCAACCGGUCCAGCAGCGUCAAACAAGAACCAUCAAUCAUCCCCAGCCUCCCCAGCAACGCCGAGGAAUGUUAGGCCAGACCAGAAUGCUCCCUCUAUCACUCCCAAAGGCGAUAAAGCAGCCUCCAAGCACAUUAAAUCAGACAGGAAAUACUCCUGCACGAGUUCAAUUGCGCAUGGAAACUCCAGUUCUUCCAUCAGCCCAGCAAGGACGGCGUCAUCAGCCAAUGAAAGAGAAUUCCUCAAUGCCGAAGCUCACACCUCAACAAAGCAACUCACGAAGUCGGCUUCAAAUUCAGAAACCUCAGAAUGCAAGUUCUUCCCCAGCACCACCUCAUGUUCAAAUUGA